AUGAACAGAAAGAAUCCAGGAAGAGAUGCAAGCUCUGUUCUUAGAGACAAAUACAUUACCUCUCACUUGAAUGAAAGCUUGAAGAUUGACCAUGAAUAUCCCCCGCUUCACAAAGUGGGAGGAAUAAAGUACUUAUUGCCAAAGAUAACUGAGCUUGUGUACAACCCGUUAUUUUCUAAGGCCUCCUACGAUGAGAUUGGGAUUCACCCGCCUAGCACUCUCUUACUGCACGGGGUUUCUGGGGUUGGCAAGACGUUUCUUGUGAACUGUAUCAGCCAGGAGUACAAAGUCCCCAUCAUCAAGGCGUGUCUUGACUCAGAUAAAGAGCUUCGGGAGUCGUUCAGGAAAUCUUCUCUGCUUGAGAAGUCCAUCAUACUCAUUGAGGACAUAGACAUGCUUGGAGAAGAUGACAAGAAGGUGAUAUCCCAACUUUCUGAGUACCUUGAAAACCAUAGAGGGAAAUCUAUUGUCAUUGCCACCGCCCGAAACCCUGCAUUCAUAAACGAAAGCCUUAACAAAUUUGAUAACUCGCUACUUGUCAAGAUACCAACUGUAUCCGAGAGAAGGGAUAUUCUAGUUAGUCUUGCCGACAGGAUGAAGUGCCAAGAAGUUGACUGGAUGGAGCUUGCAAAGCUGAUGCCUGGGUUUGUCGCUCGAGACUUGAAGAGGACUCUGAAGAUUGCUUCGACGAAAGCUGUGUCUGAUGGAUCUCUGACUCUCAGGAUGAUAGACCUGGAAAUGGCACUUAAAGAAAUGAAGUGGAAGGGCACUGAGAUCACAUUUGACAGUAUAGGGUCGCUUGAGGACGUCAAGGAUGAGCUUAACAUGAGCAUAAUCUUUCCAUCAAGGUUUCCAGAGAAGUUUCACAAGCUUGGGAUUACAAGGCCCUCAGGAAUCCUUCUUUAUGGCCCUCCUGGAUGCGGGAAAACAUUGCUUGUCAGAGCUGUGUCGAACAUGAGCCACUGUAAUUUCCUAAGCAUUAAGGGGCCGGAGCUCAUAAGCAAGUAUGUUGGGGAUUCUGAAAAGGAAAUAAGAAAGCUGUUUGACAAAGCCAAGCAAUUGCAGCCCUGUGUCCUGUUUUUUGACGAGAUAGACUCUCUCUGCGGGGAGAGAAACGGGAACGAGUUUACUAGCCGUAUAGUCAACCAGAUACUGACACUCUUGGAUGGGCUUGACGAUAGAGGAGAUGUGUAUGUGAUUGGAGCCACCAACCGGAUUGAAAGCAUCGACAAGGCCAUAUUAAGGCCUGGAAGGUUUGAUAAGAUUCUUAAGGUCCCACUACCAUCCAAAGAAGGGUGUGUCGAUAUAUUCAAGAAGUGUACAAAAGGAAUCCCGAUAGAGCCUUUCGAUCUCGAAGAGUUAGAUCUGGAAGGCUUUAGUGGAGCGGAGAUAGCGGGGUUGAUCAGAGAUGCAGCAAUAUUGUGUCUGAAACACAAUUUCGAUGCAGAGACCCUUGUCAUAACCAAGGAAAACAUCAUAGAAGCAUUGGGUGCUGCAAGAGUUACCAAGGACUUCAGGUGA